GCUGAAGAUUACAAAUUACAAUAUAUGUUUGUAUUUACAGACUCACGUGUGAUUGAAGUGGGAGAGAACAAAGACUUGUUAUUUAUUGAAGUAUUACAAUGUUUUCCGGACGAUGAGCAAAGUAUGAUGGGACCAGAAGGAAUAUCUACAGAGAGACCGAUGGAAGCAAGAUCCCGAGAAGAAAGAGUAGAAGAUAGAUCAAUUACAAGGAAAAGAAAAGCAACCAAUACAUCGAAAAAAACGAAUAAUAGUGCAUUUUGUAAUCUCUUUCUCUUGUUACAAAUUACUACUCAUUUAAAUUAUUUUACAGAAAGAAGAAAUGAACAAAUCAGUGUGCAAUUGUAUGAAGCACGAGACAAAUUUACACAUAUUGCUGAAGGUCACGCUGCAGCUUUACAGAUGUUUGCGGAGGCUUCGAUGAAACAUGCAGAGGCUGCAUUAUUGCAAGCGGAAAACGAACGAGAACGCAAUCACCUGGAACAACGACUAAUAUUGGAGGAAAAGAGAUUAAAAAAUGAGGAAAAUUUAAUAAAAGCGUUAAAUAAUGUUUAAGAAAUUAUAAAUAUAA